UCCAGUGCUGAGAACCGGAGCAUUUGCGCAGAUAGUCUGCGCUGCCUACAACAGACACACAGCAUUUCAGCCUGGGAAGUUUGUUGUUGUUGUUGUGUUUUUGUCUCACUGCCGAGCAAUCCGCCUGCACAGUGUCUGCAAGGAGCAAGGCAACCAACCAACCGCUGCUUUACCGGAGUCCAGUCAGCAUCAGGGAUUUAACAUGGUGAUCAAAGUGUACAUAGCAUCGUCCUCUGGAUCCACUUCGAUCAAGAAGCAGCAGCAGGAUGUGAUGGGCUUCCUGGCAGCCAAUAAGAUCGAGUUCGAGGAGUGUGACAUCGCAGCCAAUGAGGCCAACAGGAAAUGGAUGAGAGAGAAUAUUCCGGAGGAGUCCAGGCCGGCCACAGGGAACCCUCUGCCCCCACAGAUAUUUAAUGAAAGCAAAUAUUGCGGGAACUAUGAGGCCUUCUUCGAUGCCAGAGAGGACAAUGCUGUGUAUGCAUUUCUGGGUCUGACUGCUCCCCCAGGCUCUAAGGAGGCCGAGGCUCUAGCGAAGAAAGCACAGCAGUAGCAGCUUUGCACCAUUUCUACCUGAGACCUCAGGCUUAGACAUAGACCCAGACCCUGGACCCAGACUGACCUGGAAAAGAUCCAGGAAAAAAAAGAAGCAACAUUUCACUUAGCUUAUAAAUAUGUGGACGGUUUUGAUUUUUCAGUAUGUUUUUUUUUAUUACUCUGUGUUCAGCUGUGCCUUUUCAGCUGUAGUGAAAGGAGGUACUAAAGCAGAGAAUUUUGGGGUAUCUAAAAACAGCUCUGCCUCCUCCAUUAACCUCAGCCUGCUAAGCCUAUUGGCCUAAUGACAUGUCAAUCAACCAUACGCAUGAAUGUGUAGCUUCCUGUCGAUCAACACAUCAUGAGAUACAAAAAAAUGUGCACACCUUGAAAAAUUGUGUCACAGAUUCAUUGUUUGGCCAACAGAAUGUCAUCCAUGUUAACAUUAGAUCAUAAAACAUCAUUAUUAUUUAUGUAACCCGACAGGUUUAAUCAGUAUAUCACUUAUCUGUUGAAUUCUGGAAACAUCGAAUCAAAUGUUGUGCUCCUGCCAGUCAUGUUGUCGCCAAAACCUUGCAGCACUUUCUGUAGGAGUUGUCUAAUACAAUCCCAUUCUCUGUGUUUUGUUUUACUUUAUAUUGUCUUAAUGCUGUUUUAAUAGCAAACCUUUUUCUACAAAAUGAUAUAUGUUUGAAAAUGAUGAUACAUGCCAAAAUGUACAAGUAUGCAAACACAGAGGGAUGUGAAAUGGACUUUUUUUUUUUUUUUUGCUGUUUUUGUUGUUAAGGAGAGUUGGUAGCUGUUUCAUUUCGCUGGUGGUAUCCUGUUUCACAUUGUUUUGUAAAUCCCUGUCUUACAUAAGUUGAUACCUUCCCUAAAAUAAAAUAGAAAUAAAACUGCAA